UAUUAACAUCGCAACGAGGAAACACAUUGUUUUCAACUCAAACUAAAAUAGAUUUAUCUGUGUUUACAAAACCACAAUCACGCCGAGGGAAUUCUAAGAAUAUUUACUAUUGUAAACCUGGAAUUGUUUUAUGACAGGUAUUAGAAAACGUUGAUAAAAAGAGAUGUACGCAAUUGGCCCGUGUAAUAUUCCUUAUCAGUAUCAAGUCGAGACAUUAUAAAUAUUGAAUCGGAUAAAAUAUUAUAUAUUAUAAGAACCACAACAAACAGUUGAUGUACAAACAGACGCAACACGGGAGUAUUGUUGUCGAACAAACUCAUCACAGCACGGACGACAAAGACACUACAUUGACAUGUGCGUGAACACAAAGUAGCAAGAAUGACUCCCGACAGUGAACCUGUGAAAACUAAAGUAGAAAUCGAAGACAGAAAAGAUGAUAGUGAUGAAUCUUCUCCUUUGAAACCAAACCCAGAAGAAAAAGUAAAAGAUGAAAAACAUGAAGAAGAAAAAAAGAUAACUUUUAGAGAACGGCUCAAAAUAAUUAAAGAAAACACUACAGUGGAGCCUAUUAUGGCUUGCUAUGUCAUGCCCAGUGUACUCGCAUCGUUAGCUAUAUCAAAUUUAAAUUUAGAAAAGGCCUGCAGAGUCAAUCUAAAUUACAGUUCAGAAGUGUGUGAUGCCCUAAACCUAAGACAGACGGAAAAUUACACUUACGAAGAACAAGAAGUGCAGAAGCUUAUUGCAAGUAUAGGGGUAUGGAAGAACGUGGUGCAAACAUCGAUUCCUGUGUUACUUAUUCUUUUCGUUGGAGCAUGGAGUGAUAAGACUGGGAAGAGAAAAAUAUGUAUCAUGCUGCCAAUAGUUGGGGAAUUUGUUGCUUGCCUCGGGUUCAUCGUGAAUACAUAUUUCUUUAUGCUACCUGUGGAAGUGACUGUGUUUACGGAGGCUAUAUUUCCGGCGAUAACUGGGGGUUGGUUCACGAAUUUCAUCGGUGUGUUUAGUUACAUUGGGGAUAUUACUACGGAGGAGAAUAGGACCUACAGGGUGGGUUUGGUGAAUAUGUUCAUGUCUUUGGGCUAUCCCAUCGGGAGUGCGUUGAGCGGUGUGAUGCUAUCCUGGGUGGGGUACUACGGAGUAUUCACAGUGUCUUCUUGUCUUUAUAUCUUCAGUUUGGUUUAUGGUUUCGUAUAUUUGGAAGAUCCGAAGCAAAGGGCUAUAAAGAAACUUGAAAAUAAAAAGCACAAAAAGAAAAGCUUUCUCCGAGAGUUCUUUGACUUGGGGCUGGUGAUGGAAACUUUCAGGGUUGCCUUCAAGAAGGGCCCUGGGAACAGAAGACUGAGAGUUUGCCUACUGCUCAUAGUUGUAUGCGUGGUAUUUGGACCUACUCAUGGUGAAUUCAGUGUGAUGUACCUAUUUACCAGGUAUAGGUUCAAUUGGGAUGAGGUCCAGUACAGCAUGUGGUCUACUUACUCUAUUGUCACAAACUUAUUUGGAACCUUCUUCUCAAUCACCCUGUUCAGCAACUAUAUGAAGCUGGAUGACACGAUCCUGGGCAUAAUUUCUAACACCAGCAAGAUCAUAGCUUCCUUCGCCUAUGCCUUCGCUAGGAAUGACCUGGAAAUCUAUUUAGCACCUCUGUUGGAAAUAUUGAACGGCACCUCCUUCAUUGCGAUGCGGUCUAUUGCUACCAAGCUGGUGAAAGGAGAAGAAUUUGGUAAAGUGAACUCCCUCUUCGGUCUAGCAGAAGCGACAAUGCCACUGAUCUACGGCCCCCUGUACUCCAGGACGUACAUGGCUACACUAGAAGUGCUACCAGGAGCCGUGUUCUUACUGGGAGCGGGACUGACGCUUCCUGCUAUUGCUAUAUUUGGAUGGCUGUAUUUCGAGCACAAAAAAGAUAUAUUAAGAAACGCCGCGUUAGCCGAGGAUAGUGAAAAGCAACAAGCUGAGCAAUUAAAGUAAAUUUUAAUGGAAAUGGCUUAAAAAUAUACGGUGCAAGAUGUAUUGGGUUCCAUAGGCUUUAUGUAAGCCGGAGUGAAUUGAUUGAUCAAUCGCAUCGAUGGUUAAUACAUUAUGUACUUAUA